AAAAGAAAUUCAUAAAAAAGACAGUAAUGAUGGUGUUUUACUCUUUCCGAAGAGAUUUUAUCACAAAUUUUCCAUUUUUUUCUUCUUCCUUUCUUUACAUUCCAAAUCUUCAUUAACAAACGUUGACGAUCAAUGACUAUAACACUGACACGUCAACAAAAGGGUACCGGUGCGCAUGUACCUUGUUAACCUGUCCCCCCACCCCUUUCAAUUCAAUUCUUUCCUUGUUUCAACAGUUCCACUACUCCAGCUGCUGCUCUCUCUUCUUUCUUACUCAUCCACCUCAUCACAGACCUCUUGAAUUCUUUAAUGGCAGAAGAAAGAAGAUCGGACGAAUCUUAAUAUCUCUCCUAUCCAUCUGUCCAAAUCCAAAUUAAGCUACAUUCAUAUGUAUUAGAAGAAGAAAAACACAUGUAGAAAGUUUUCAUCUUUUUUUCUUUUUCUGGGGGGUUCAUCUUCUUCUUCUUCUGGUCCUUUGACAUUGAUGUGUGUUUUUUUUAGAUGUUAUCUGAUGUAAAUCGAUAUGGGUUCUUUAGAAAAUGGGGUUCCUCCAUUAAAAAGAGCUCCUUUAUUUCGUCCUUCAAGUAGAACUAGUAGCAGUGAUAGUAGGCAGUCUUUUGGGUACAGACCCAGAUCGAGAUUUGCUCGCUUUUUGUUAUUUGAAAAAGUUGAUUAUCUACAAUGGAUUUGUACCAUAGCUGUGUUUUUAUUUGUUAUUGUUCUUUUCCAAGCCUUCUUACCUGGUUCAGUCAUGGAGAAAUCUGGUGAUUAUUUGGUAGAGCAAAAACAGAAUGAGCUGGUAUCAACAGACUUAAUGGUUUUCAAAGAAUUUCAUGGGUUAGAAUUUGGGGAUGGGAUUCGUUUUCAACCUUCUAAACUCUUAGACAAGUUAGACAGAGAAAAGAAAGAUUUGAAUUUAUCUUCAGCUUUGAGCCGCCCAUUGGUCAGGUCAGGGAUCAGGAAACCACAACUUGCUUUGGUUUUUGGUGAUCUAUUGUUGGAACCUGGGCAAUUGUUAAUGACCAGCGUAGCAGUUUCUUUGAUGGAGAUUGGGUAUGCAAUUCAGGUUCAUACUCUCGAAGAUGGUCCUGCAAGUGCUGUUUGGAAAAAUUUAGGAGUCCCUAUUACGAUACUUGAGGACAAAAAUACGCCAGAGAUUGCCGUGGAUUGGUUAAACUAUGAUGGGAUACUUGUGAAUUCCCUUGAAGCCAGAGAUGUGAUCUUAUGUCUUGCACAGGAACCUUUCAAGUCAUUACAUAUUAUAUGGACAGUUCAUGAAAGAUCCCUCGGUGUUCGGUUGCGGCAGUAUGUUUCUAACGGACAAACUCAGCUUGUCAGUGAUUGGAAGCGAGCAUUUAACCGAGCUAGUGUCGUGGUCUUCCCUAACUAUUUCUUGCCGAUGAUGUAUUCCGCAGUUGAUGCUGGAAACUAUUUUGUUAUCCCGGGGUCUCCAGAUGAAGCAUGGUAUGCAGCUAAUUUUAUGGCGUCAUAUAAUAGGGACCUAUUGCGAGUCAAGAUGGGCUAUGGAACGGAUGAUUUUGUUAUUUCCAUUGCCGGAAGUGAAUUUUUGUACAGUGGUUUGUGGUUGGAGCAUGCCUUUGUUUUGCAAGCCUUACUACCGCUCUUUUCCCAAAUUCAUUCAGAAACUAGUUCAGUUUCUCAUCUGAAAAUUAGCUUUUUAAGCAAGAAUUCUACUAACAACUACGAGCUGGCUUUACAGGCAAUUGCUCUUAACUUAGGAUAUCCAAAGGAAAGCGCAGAGCAGAUUAGCAUAAAUGGCGACGUGAAUAGCUUUCUCGGCAUGGCUGAUCUUGUGAUCUAUGGUUCCUUCCUUGAAGAGCAAUCUUUUCCUGAAAUCUUGGUUCAAGCCAUGUGCUUCGGAAAACCAAUUGUAGCUCCGGACCUAGCCAUGAUUAAGAAAUAUGUUGAUGACAGAGUGAAUGGAUAUAUUUUUCCAAAGGAUAAUAUUGGUGCUUUGACGCAAGUUUUAUCCCAAGCAAUCACAGAUGCAAAAUUAUCCCCCUUAGCUCGCAAUAUUGCAUCAAUAGCAAAAGAUCCUGCAAGAAACCUUAUGGUUUCAGAAACAAUUGAAGGGUAUGCUUCUCUUCUUGAAAAAGUUCUUAAAUUCCCAUCAGAAGUUGCAGAACCCAGUGUUGUUGCUGAUAUCCCGCCAAGAAUGAGAGAAGAAUGGCAGUGGCAUCUCUUUGAAGAAAUUAAAGGUGAAAAAUAUGUAAAUAGAACUUUUAGGAGUUACAGAUAUUUAGAUAAGGUUGAGGAGCUUUGGAAUGAUACCCAACUGGAAACUUCCACCAAUGCGAUAAGUCAAGCCUUCUCCUAUACUAAUUGGGGAGAAGAGAAAUCCAUUGAGAUGGUAAAUGCUAGAAAGAGACGGGAAGAGGAAGAGCUCAAGGAUAGAUCAGAUCAGCGUCAUGGAAGUUGGGAAGAAGUCUAUCGAGGUGCUAAGAGGGCUGAUAGAGCCAAGAGUGAUUUGCGCGAAAGAGAUGAUAGGGAGCUUGAGAGAACUGGCCAGCCAUUGGUCAUCUAUGAACCUUACUUUGGGGAAGGGGCCUGGCCGUUUCUUCAUAAUAGUUCUCUCUAUCGUGCAAUUGGGUUGUCCAGUAAAGGUAGAAGGCCAGGAGCAGAUGAUGUAGAUGCUCCUUCUCGCCUUGCCCUUCUGAACAAUCCUUAUUACCGUGAUGCGCUCAGUGAAUAUGGAGCCUUCUUUGCUAUUGCUAACCGGGUUGAUCGGGUACACAAGAAUGCCUGGAUAGGAUUUCAAUCCUGGAGAGCAGCAGCAAGAAAGGUUUCUUUGUCUAAGUUCGCUGAAAGUUCGUUGUUAGAGGCCAUCGAGCGGCAAAAGCAUGGGGACACUCUUUACUUUUGGGCUCGUAUGGAUACAGAUCCAAGAAAUGCAUUGCAACAGGAUUUCUGGUCUUUUUGCGAUGCUAUAAAUGCUGGAAAUUGUAGGUUUGCGGUUUCUGAGGCUCUUCGUAGGAUGUAUGGUAUUAAACCUAAUUUGGAGUCUCUUCCACGCAUGCCUAUGAAUGCAGACACAUGGUCUGUUAUGCACAGUUGGGCUUUGCCAACUAGAUCCUUCCUUGAGUUUGUCAUGUUUUCGAGAAUGUUCGUAGAUGCGUUGGACGCGCAGAUGUAUGACGAGCACCAUCAAAGUGGACGUUGUUAUCUGAGUCUAUUGAAGGACCGGCAUUGCUAUUCCCGUGUUUUGGAGCUUAUGGUGAACGUCUGGGCAUACCAUAGUGCAAGAAGAAUGGUCUACGUGAAUCCUGAGAACGGUGAAAUGCAGGAACAACAUAAACUAAAAACCCGAAGAGGACAGAUGUGGAUCAAAUGGUUUUCAGACACCACUCUGAAGAGUAUGGAUGAAGACUUGGCUGAGGAGUCAGAUUCUGAUAACCCAACAAGACGGUGGCUUUGGCCGUCAACGGGUGAGGUUUUCUGGCAGGGCAUUUUAGAAAGAGAACGAAGUAUUAGAAAUCGUCAAAAAGAAAAAAAGAAGCAACAAAGUAAAGACAAGAUAUCAAGAAUGAGGAGACGGGUGCGGCAAAAAGCAAUAGGAAAAUACGUGAAACCAACUCCGGAGGAGGAUAAAGUAGAUUCAAAUUCAACAGCUCUUCAAUAGAAGGCUUUUCAAGGAAUCGGGAGUGGUUGGUAUUUGACCUUAGUGUUUAGUUACCAUAAUUCUUUUUAUUUUCAUUUCCGUUCAUUUUUUUGUCAGAAAAGGGUGAGCAUUGCUAAGGCCUGAUGUUGUAUUUUAGGAUGGGCUGGCUGAGUGUGUAAUAUUUGCAUCUUUAUCUGGUCAAUGAAGAUGUUGAUGGGUGUUGUAAAGAUGUAUAUUUCUUUAGUUCCUUUUUCCUUUUCUUGAUUACUUGGUAA